GGUGACAUUAAGUCCAGUAUCAAAAGUCAUUCACGUAACAAAUACUUGAGAAGCAGUGAUGAAAGAUCCUGCAUCUUCUGUAAAAAAAUAUUUUUUGGAAACAAUAAACUAAAUAAACAUCUAAGAAGUGUUCAUACUGGUCCAUUCAAAUGUUAUCGAUGCAAGACUUUGUUUAGAAAAAAAAUGGAAUAUAAAGAACACCUGAAAUCCCACAAAGAAAGAAAUUAUAAAUGCAUUCGGUGCGCUCAGUCCUUUCCGAACUGGAGGCAGAAGAACUUCCAUAUGAGAACCAAGCAUAUGGAGAAACGGUAUUUGUGUGAACUAUGCGGUCGUAAAAUGGUAAUGAAAAAUCAGUACUUGGUUCAUAUGAAACUUCAUCGAGGCAUUUAUCCAUUCAGUUGUUCACAGUGUAAUUUUGGAUUUUUGAAAAAAUACAUUUUAGAGAAACAUAAGAAAAAAUGUGGUACAGAAGCAGAAACUAAGUAUUUGAUUAAGAUCCAAAAUUACAGGGACAAAUCACUGCUCUUUGAAAGGAAGAAGGUCAUUGGACAUCAUAAUUGUAGGCUAUGUAAUAAAUCAUUUCUGUCAAUGAGAGGCCAGACAACCCACAAAAGAAUGGUUCAUGGUGUAGUUCCAAAAAAGAAAGCACCCAAUAUAGGCAUAGGGUAUAGAGAAUUAACUGUUUCAAGAUUGUCGGAAAGUGAAAAAAUGUCUCUUUCUUUUAAAAAAAAUAGUUCCUGCUCAGUAAAUAUUCCAGUUGAUGAAAGAGAGGAUAUAGUAAGCGAAGCUGAUGAGAACAGCAGUCUUGUAGAUCAAGGUAAUGACGAAGAAAGUGUAAAUAUUAACGAACUGAAAAACGUGUAUCAAUGUAACUUUUGUAAGCAGUGUUUUCAUGAUUUUAUUGCUGUAAUUGUACAUGUAGAUGUGCAUAAAAGCGUUUGUUCAGUCUGUAAUCUAAGGCUUCCAAACUAUACCGCACUCUGGCGACACCAAAUAUUCGGACAUUCAGACCGUGAUGGACAAGGUAUGAAGUGUACAAAAUGUAAUGAAAAAUUUAGCAAUAAAAAUGACUUGCUCGAUCAUAUGAAAGAACAUAUUGGACCAUGGGUUUGUGAAAAGAAAGGGUGUGGAGUUAGAUUUUCUGAUAAGAAAGAUUUGCGCAAGCACAGGCGGACCCAUACAACAGGAAACAUUGAAUGUGUGUGUAAAAGAAGAUACAAGACAACAGCUCAGUUGAAGAAACACACUAAAAAGAAAAGAAAUAAAUGUCUUCCUCUGGAAUGGCCGGAUGGAGGUAUAAUUUGUAUGAAUGAAAAUGUUCAAACAGUGCAGACAGUUACAGAUAUAUCUUCAAACUCUGUGGACUCCUUCAUAAAGAAAGGCAAAGAUAUGGUUGUGAAGGGUAAAGGUACCAUAAGAGGACCAUAUGUUUGUAAAAAAUGUAAAGCACAAUUUGUCUCUCAUAGUCGCACAAAAAGACAUAUUCUUUUAAGACAUUGUAAGAACACUAAAGAGAGAACGUACCACUGCAAUCUUUGCGAUUUUAGAACCCUCAAUUCAGGUGUAAUGAAAACACAUCAGAAAAAUCACAUGAGUUAUUUCAAAUGUGAUUUCUGCCUCUCUUCAUUUGAGGAUGAGGGAAAUUUGGGAAGACAUGUUCAGUAUCAUUUGAAGGAUAAAUACCAGUGCUUGCACUGCUCAAAAAUAUUUGCAAAUAGACUUGUCUGUAGAAAUCAUAUACUUACUUAUCAUGAUAAAGGAAAAAAGAAAAUAGUUCCGCAUGCAGUUGAAGAAAAUCUGAAAGAAAGUGGUGUUAGAAAUAAACAGUUGGGAAAUUAUGGUGUUAACAGUUCUUUUGCCGUGGACAAGGGUACUAUUAUAGUAGUUAAUGCACCUAUUGAAAAUGAACAAGAGCAUGUCGAAAACACUUUUGAUGGUGUAGACUUCGAUAAGAGAAACCUGACAAAAAUAGUACAGAAAUAUAUAAACUCCUUCGAAAACAGUGAUAUAAAUGAGGCAUAUGCAUCACGUAGGGAGUCUGAUGGAGGUACUGAUAAUGAUGACAAUGAUAAUGAAAACAUUGAAGGAAUAAAUGAAAAUGAGAAUCAUUCUACUGUUGACAUUGAUCAAACAGUUGAAACAAAACUAGACAAAGCUAUUGAAAAAAGACAUAAACAAGCGACUGGAGAAGAACUGAAGUCAGGUACUACCAGUGCAUCACAAAACACGGAAAGUAAAAAUAAAAAAGAAAAUGAAGUUGAAAAAGAUAGUUUGAGAUCUGUUUAUCCACAACAUACUAGCAGAUCCCUUACUGAUGGAGAAAAUGUUGAUCAGGAUAAUCAGAUACUGCUAAAUGAUCCUUCAUUACAACCUUUGGACAGAACUGAGUCAGAUCCCCUGGAUGAAACAAACCCCCCAAGGACGUCAUAUGAUAACUUGGUGGAUCAGAUAGGAACAGUUCUAACUGAAGACGUUUGGAAUACGGCUCAAUUUGAAGAAGAACCAAGUUACAGUUUGAUGUCAGAAGAAGUGGAACCAGUCUAUAAAUUUGACAAAUACAAAGGUGUCAUUCCAGAAGGUCUGGAAUUAUACAUACCACUUGUGGACCCAUACAAAUGUGGAGGAUGCGACAUUUUAUGUAAUGGCGAAAUAAAUUUCAGGAAACACACACAGACACUACAUACGGAAGGAUUACGCUGCAAGAUAUGCAACAAAAGAUCGACUACACAGAAAAUUCUAGCAGCUCACAUGAUUGAUAAACAUCUAGUUGGAAUGCCUCUAACCUGCCCUGAAUGUAAAACAGUGUUUAAGAAAACAAAUACAUACUGGAGACAUGCGGAAAUGCAUGUAAAAUGCUUUCCGUGUACAGUGUGUGAGCAAGAGUUUAAAAGGAAAAUGGACCUGGCUGAGCAUGUGAAGUCGCACGUUGAAUCUAAAGAGUUCUGUGUUAAAUGUGGACAAGUUUUUGAUAGUCAUGUCCUUCUCAGGGUACAUAGCUGGAAAGAACAUAGAACUAAAAUGAAUAAAAGAAGGCCUCCAAUUCCUUUCAGCGCUAGGAAAAAGAGAAAAGAUAAAGGAAAGAAGUUACAAAUGACUGUUGAUCUAUCAAAAAAGAAUGAUGUCACUGCAUCCAGGAAGGAUGGUGAAGAGGUUGGGAAAAUUCCCAAAGAAACUGACAUUGGAGAGCAGCUAACAGGGAGUUCACAGACAAGUGGCGAGAUGAAAAGUAUUGAUGUGCCUGAUUCUGAUGUAACCAUCCAGUUGUUUGCCGAUGGUACACUUGUGACCAGGGAUAAGGCAGGCACCAAUUACAGUCAAGUAAAAUUGGAAGACUUGGGUUUGGAUUUAUCAAUGUUAGAAGGAAAUACUGAUAUAGAGCUUUUGAUUGUACAAGGCGAUGGGAAAGAAGUGCGUGCUACAAUUAAUACCAGUAAAGAUGUUAACCCUACUACAGAAUCUGUUACCCCAGGUAGUAAAAGUGCCCCUGUCAAUACUGUAGCAUCAGCUGCACUGGAAACCAAGUCAACAUCAAGUGCUGGGACAUCUACAGACCGUGCCCCAACAGCUCCAGUAAAUGAAGCAAGGCCUUACAAAUGCUCCAUGUGCCCUCGUACAUUCAAAUUUUAUAGAACGUUCAGAUGCCAUGAAAUUGUUCAUACAAAGGCUGUCACUUUUACUUGCCACUUAUGCCAGCGUCUGUUUGCGAGAGAAGUUAAUCUACAAUCUCACUUAGAACUUCAUAAGAAGAAAGGUUCCAUGAAACCCACAGAGGAAAGGAGUGAGCACAAAACCGAGGAGAAGAAUUAUCAGUGUAAGCAUUGCGAAAAAACGUUCAGGUACCAACAAGGACUGAAACGUCAUAUAACUGAACAACAUGAGGAAAAUGCAAAGGUCCCUUGUCCGAUCUGUGGGAAAUUGUUCAAAAGUGAACAAAACGUUCAGCGGCAUUCAAAGAUACAUGUGGGGCCAUUCACAUGUCCACAUUGUAUCAAAGUUUUCACGGAGAGAUCAGAAUAUAAUGAUCAUAUAAAAUCUGAGCAUGCAGAUUUAAUGUACCCUUGUAAAGAAUGUGAUGCUAUAUUGCCAAGUAAAAAGGCCUUUGUGUCACAUGUUAAAACACAGCAUAGUAAUUCAGAUGAGCUGAUGGAAGGCAUUAAGGAUAAGAAGUGCACAGUCUGUGACAAGAAGUUUGACAAAAAGACUGAUUUAGAAAAUCACAUGGUGAUACAUUCAGCUGAAAGGACUCAGGAGUGUCCAGCAUGUCAUAAGAAAUACAAGCUUCUUCACACAUUGGAGAGGCAUAUAAAAGAUGUACACAACAAUGAUGUGGUUUUUACAUGUUCAGAAUGUGACGAGGAGUUUGAAGUGAAAACCAAGUUGGAUUUACAUGUGAAGUUAUUUCAUACAGGAAAUUAUCAGUGCCUGACCUGUUAUGAAGAGUUUCCUGAACGGUCUUUGCUAGAGGAACAUCAGUUUCAAAACCAUGACUUUGCGCUUGUUUGCUCAAAAUGUAAAGGUAAAUUUGAAACUUCUCUUAAACUGAAAAACCAUUUAAAAGAACAUACAUCACAGAAUAGCCUUUGUGAUAUGUGUGGAGCUGGUUUUGAACAUAAAGCGCAACUAAGAACGCAUCUUGUAAACAAACAUUUUGCUAGAGAUAGGGCAAGUAUGUUGAAACAGUAUCCAGGAAUGAGUAAUAUUAAUCUGGAAAUAGUUUGCGAUCUUUGUGGUGAGUUUUGGCUUAAUAAACCACUUUACAAGCAGCACUUAAGGGAUGUUCACUUUGGUGGAGAUACUGUUGAGAUGUUAAAGCUGUUCCCACUCUAUGAGAAAGUGGCUGACCCACCUGAACCAGUUACAUGUGAUCAUUGCGGAAAAAUGUGCAGUAGCGUUACACAGUUGAAUUUCCACUUGAGGACUCAUAUGAAGUCAAAACGAAAGUCUGUUACACCAAAAGAGGAAUUUAUUUCAACAGACGAUGAGCAGGAUGAACCAGUUGAUUUUACAAAUAUAGAACCACGUGAUUUUGACAAGAAUUAUAAAUGUCAGCAGUGUGGUGCUCAGUUUUCAAGGAAAGCUGCAUUAGAGAAACACGCUUCUGUACAUAAGAAGGAUGAACUUAAAGAAGCCUUGAAAGAUCUUGAGAAAGAAGAAAUAGCAAGAGCUGAACUAGAAGAAAAAGAAGGUUGGAAACCAACACCGAAGACUAAGAAGGUAAGAAAAGAAUCAUUAGGGACUAAACCAAAAGAAACAAAGCCUGUAAACAAGACUCAAGCGACUACUAAAAUAAAACUUCCCUUUCCCAAAAUGGUUGAAAAAAAGAAGAAUGAGUCAUCAGAGAUAGGAUUAAGUCCUAAAAGAAGAAGUUCACAACUGCAUAUUUGUAAGGUUUGUGAAGAAAUCUUUAAGACCACUGAAGAAUUGACAGUACAUAUGCAUGAUGAUCAUGGUGACCUAGAAUUCAAGGUGGAGGCAAGCAGCCCUUCUGUUGAGAGGAAAUACACUGAUAAAGAUGUUGGAAAAGAGAAAAUAGUAGAAUUUGAUUUAAAGACAUUUCAAUGUAUGUCAUGUGAUAAGAUUUAUUCUUCUAGGAAGUAUUUAAGAAAGCAUUUGAGAAAUGUUCACAAAUACAAGGAGAGAUUUUUUUCAAAUUCAAGUGAAAGUUUCAAAUGCACUGAAUGUGACCUGGUUUUUAAUGUUAAGAGUAACAUGGCCCGGCACAUGUUUGCAAAGCAUGGUAUUCAGCUACCUACGAGUGAAAACGAAUCUCCAACUAAAACACCAUCCAAUAAGAAAAAGACUGAAGAUGAUGAAUUUGAAAGCAAUGAUGAGGAUCACACAGCAGAAAGCUCUGCAGAUAUUACAGCCUUCCUGGGUAAAAAUUUUAAUCUUGGCAAAGCUCAUUCUUGCAACAUAGAAUCAGUAAAGAAAAAGCAGCAUAGAUGUAACUUGUGUGGGGAAGGAUUUAGUAGAGAUGCUACCUUGAAAAAACAUCUAGCAUUCCACAAUACUGGUGUUAAUGUCGAUAUUAAACCAGAUUUUGAUCUUGUGUCUGACCUGCAGCCAGCCAUUUACUCCUGCAAGACUUGUGGUAAUAUGUAUUCCACAGCUUUAGGAUUAAUUCAUCAUAACAGAAACAAACACGCUGAAGUAGAUGAAGAAGUAGUCUUGGCUGAGAUUGCUGAAGUAGAUGCGAAAUUGAAAUUGGAAUCUCCAAAGAAGAAACUUGAAAAGGAUUUAAACAAGUCAUCCAAAAGAAAAUUGGAGUCUGAUGGAGAAGAUAUUCGUGAAACUGUAAAGAAAAGGGUGAAACUUGACAAAUAUGGGAAAGAGUCUUUUGAUUGUAAGUUCUGUGGUGCUGUAUAUGCUACUUACAAAGGACUGAUGAAACAUGAACAUGACAUACAUGACGCUGACAAAGUCAUGAGUCCACAGUCAGCUUUGAAAUAUAGUCACUCUGGUAGACUGAUUACUAAAAGUAAGAAAUUAAGUGAACAGAUUCAGUGUGACAAAUGCACGAAAGUUUUUCUUGAAGAGAAAGGUCUGAAACAACAUAUAUUGAGAGUUCAUAAGAUAGAGGCUAUCAGUAAAAAAACUGGAAAGAUAAGUUCGGUUAAAACAUCGCCUGAUAAGGUGAAUUUGGUUAAAACAUCGGGGGAGUUUAAAUGUGAUCUUUGCCCAAAACAGUUCGAUCUGAGAAUAAAUUUAAGAAGACAUAUGAAAAUGAAACAUAACAUAGAACUUCCUCCUGAUACAAUGAACUCUUCUCCAAAAAAUUCUUUAGGAACUGUGAAUUUGGUUUACCAUUGUGAUGUAUGUGAACAGAAGUUUUCAACUUUAUCAAACCUUCGUCACCAUAUGAUUUCUGUCCAUGAUGAAAACGAUGUUGAAGUAAAAACAGAAGCUGUAAUAUGUGAGAUUUGUAAUCUUGAGUUUGCUACUCCGAAGUCCCUGGAAGUUCACAUGAGGAAACAUACAGGCGAAAAACCAUACAGAUGUUGCUUGUGUAACAAACAGUUUAUUUCAAAGUAUCAACUUGAAUGUCACAUGAAAAAGCUGCAUACUAAACUAUGGGCAAAGAAAGUUAAAUGUAAGAUAUGUUUGAUGUUAUUUGAGACAGAAAAAGCCAUGUUAAAGCAUAAGGUGACUCACAGAAAGCCACAAGGUUCAGAAGAACAGAAGAGCAGAAGUGAACCAAGCCAACAUAAAUGUAGCUACUGUGAAAAGUCAUUCAAGUGGAAGAGAAAUCUUGUAUCCCAUGUGGAAACAUAUCACAAGGAUUCUGAUCCUCAAACAUGUGGAGUGUGCAAUAAGGUUUUUCCAGACAAGGAAAGUAUAAAGGCACACAUGCUAGAACACCAGGUUAAGAAAGAGUCUCACACAUGCAAAGUGUGUGAUAAAUCAUUUCAAAAAGAGUCCAGUCUCAGAAUGCACGAGGCACAGCUGCACAAGCCUAAAUCUACUACCGGUGUUGGUAUGUCAUGCGAUAUUUGCAAGGAAAGUUUCCCAACAAAAAUUAAGUUACUUGAGCACAUGCUGUCCCACACAUCUGUAAUGCCUCAUAAAUGUGACAUAUGCUCGGCAUCAUUUAAGCAGGAAUUUAGAUUAAAAGCCCAUAAACUGACACAUAAGAUAAAGGAUAAACAAUCUGGGGUCAAAAAUGCCACUGACAAAAGUAAAGGACAUGCUGUGAAAGGCAAAGAAAUUGAUAAAAAUAAGAAGGAGGUGAAACCUAUAAAAUACAAAUGCAAGAAAUGCAGCAAACAAUUCGAUAAAAUAUGGCUUUUGAGAUCACAUGUAGCAAAGUCCCACAAGCCAAAGAUUGUAGUGAAAACAUCCCUGCUAAAGGGCAGAAUAACAAGGUCAAGAUCAUUAUCUGAGACAAAAACUGAUCCUGCAAAACAAGUUUCUACAAAAGAAAAGAAACUACCAAAAGAAAAGAAACCUGUGAAAAAGGAGUUGAAAAAAGUGGCGUCAAAUUUCUGUAAAAAAUGCAACUUGAAUUUCAUCAAGACAGAAACUUUUGAGUUACACAUGAAAACUAUGCACAAGAAUGUGAAAAAGGGUGAAAGUCCAAAAGUAGCAAAAGUGGACCAGCCUAAGAAAACUGAAAAGAAAACUGGACCAAAAAGUAUUGGAAAUGCAGUUAAACCUAAGAAAUCAGACAAGUCUGCAAAGAAAAAUAUGGAAUCUGCAGUGAAAGGGAAAAAGGAAAUGGUAGGGCAUGAUUGUCCAAUUUGUAAGAAGAUCUUCUCGAAACAAUUUACGUUGAAAAGUCAUAUUAAGAAUGUGCAUAAAGUGAUGAUGGAGGAUUCACCAUCCAAGAUUGGAAUGAAAAGAAAGAAGUGCCUGUAUUGCACAGAGUGUGCAAGAGUUUUCUGGAGUCAGAUGCAGUAUGACACACACAACAAACGGUUUCAUCCAGAUAAAAGUGCAUUGGAACUAGACAAACAUGUGAUGCAAGCUAUGGGAAGUGGUGAAAUCAAAACUGAACCAUUGGAUGCCAUGUCUUCUCCUAAGCAUACAGAAUUUGAAACAAUUCAGCAUAAGUGUGAGUUUUGUCCAAUGGUACACUGGACAAAGAAACUUUUUGAUGAACACAUGCUUAAAGAACAUCCUGAACAUGCUGAGGAGUAUGGAAUAACAGGUGAUGAAGACACAUCAAGACCUACAAUUGAAUUUGUGAAUGAUAGUGAAGAUAUGAUGGGCAAUUUGUUGUCAGUUGGCCUUUAUGAUGUUUCAGCAUGUGACAAAUUAUCUAGUUUUCCUGUGGUUUCCAUUCAAAGAAUAAAUGGGAAACAUGAUAAUACAAUGUCACCAAACAAUGAACAGUUUACAGAAAUGGAGGCAGAUGCUGAGAUAGAAAAACAAGGUUCAGAUGAAGACCUGGAAGAUAAAUCAAGACAAGAAUCAGAAAAUACAGAUGCUAGCAUAACAUACAGUAUGAAAGAAACUGCAGAUGUUGAUUGUGUUAUCAGCAGUAUUAAAGGUGGCAACAUUGAUGCUGAAGCAUCAAAAGAAUCUAGUGUGCAAAGAACCUCUGACAAUGACGAUGACAAAGACAUUGAUUCAGAUUCAGACACAGAAGCUACAUACAACAACGUUUCAGAUAGAGAUGAGUAUACUAGAGAAUAUGAGAAGUUCUUGCAAAAUUCAGUUAUUGACUGCAGUGAAACUACUGAUGGUACAGAAUCUGAAGAUGAUAGCAGGGAUGAACCUGUAAAUGAAGAUGUUGAAAAGGUAUCUGAAAAAAAAGAAACUGAAGAAAUUGCAUACAUUGAAAAUGUUUCUGAUAAAGAUGAAGCUUCCAAGGCUGAUUCAGAUGUUGAAAAAAAUGCUGAAGAAGGCAUUAAGGAAAAGUAUAUACAUUCAGAUGAUGCAACAGUUAAAAUGACUGAUAAUAUGCCAUUGGUAGAUGCUGAGGACAAAUCCGAAGACCAAAGGUCUGAAAAUUAUCCAGAACAUAGUGCUGGACAAAAUGUGGAAAAUGUUGAAGCCAUGAUGAAUGACCAAACAGUUGUCACAAAUAGUAUAAUUGAAGAAACUGCUGUAGGACAUGAAACAGACAAAACACAAGAUUUUACUGUUAAAGAAGUUCAACAUCCUGAAGCUGGAAAGGAAAAGGGUCAAAUCGAAGAAACUGAAAUUGAAAAUGAAAACACGGAAGAGUCGGACAAUGAGAAGGAACAAGAAGGGAUUGACUGGGAGGCAAUAGAUAAUGAAAUAGAAGCUGUGGCUGCAGAUGGGAAUAAUGAUGAUUUAACAAGUGGUGCAGAACUAAGUGGAGAGGGAAAAGCAAGAGAAUUUGACAUUGAAGACGUAGAUAAAGAUGAAGAAACUGCAAUUUUGGCAAAAGAUAUCUUAUCUAGUCAUAGAGACAAGGAAACAGUAGGAAUAUUGGAGAGUGAAUCGAGUAAUAAAGAGAUCAGUACCGAAGCAAAGCAUGGCAUUGAAGAUUUUAGCACAGAAGAAGAUAACAUAACUGAAAAGAAUGUAGAAGAGAAUGAUUAUAAAGCAAUGCAGGAGAUGACUUGUAAUGAACCAGGUAAUGAAUUUACUGAACAAAUGGGUAGUAAUUUGCUAAAUGACAUAGAAAAUACUGAUACUAGCUUAAAUACAAAUGAUCAAAAUUGUGAAAUACUUCAGACCUCGGUGUCAGAAAAUAGAGCAGUAAAUGAAGUGAGUGGGGAUUUAAGAAACGAAGAAGAUGCUGAUGGUAAUCAGGAUAAAUUUGUACUAAAUGAAGUACAGAGGAAAGAAACAUCGUUAGAAAGCGAAACUGGUGGUUUUGAAAGCCAAAACGAUUACGAAGAGAUGGAUACAUCAUGAUACUUCUUAACACAGACUUGGAGACUUCCAUUUAGUACUGGUAGUACUUCUAGAAACUAGCAAAUGCAAACAAAUAAGAGGGCAACAUACAUUUAUUGGUCAGUCUAUAGGUGGGAGAAUUAGAAUUGUAUAUAGUUUCAGUGAUGAGCCGUGAAACAUUUAUUUUAAUCACAGUAAAUCCAUAGGCAGAAACAGAACAAAAUUAGUCAUAAAACCUCAAAGUGAUUAAAUGUUGAAGUAAGAAAGCAAAGAACUGUGAAAUUGUAACUGAAUGGUUUGCCGAGAAAACCUUUAAAAAUAAAACAACAUUGUUGCAAGCAGACCUUGGAGUGCAGAGACAGAAAUACUGUUUGCUUGGGAAAUAUUCCUCACUUGGAAGUUAUUUUCAUGUUGUUGUUUUUUUCUUGUAAUUUUUACCUGUGUGUUCAUUUCUUUAAUGUUAAUAUGAACAAACCACUUAAACAUAUUGAUUGUAUAUAGAGACUGGUGCAGCUUACAUGUAUUUUAGUGUAAACUUUAAAUAGUAGAAAAAAAAACUUAAGCUUACAACAUCAUAUUUGUAACUCAUGCAUAAUGUAUAAAUUUGUUCAUGUAUUAUUUAUAGACCAACUGCUCAGGGCUCUGUAUUAAAAUUGAUUUGCACAUUUAUAUCAAUUUUACAUUAAGAGCAAGGCCCAGAGCACCUUGAUGACAGUUUUUGAAAUGACAUAAGAUAACGGAAUAUUUAUUUUUUCAUUCAAAGUUUUUAAUGCAAAGAAGUUAAAGGAGUCUGCAGCCAGAUUCAUGUCAUUUUUUA